AUGCAGUUCAACUUCGUUGUGUCGACCAAUGUGCGAGCGGUGCUUCUGUGGGAGCGCCACGGCUUCGCGGUCGUCGGUCGCUCCUCGACAACGAGCGCGAAACUGCACCAGCACAGGACGCAUCGAGCGAGGCGGCUCGGCGACUUCGCGAAUUUGAUCUAA